GCAAUUACUCAGAACUUAUUUCCAAUAAUGUCAUCAAAAUAGUUACGAUAUUAGUACCAAUAUUUUAAAUAUAACAUGCCGCGUUUAAAAGAGAACUGAAAAUUUAAUUUUAGAUUUCCUUCUAUUUAAAAGCUCGAUGUUUUCAUCGUGAUGUAUGUACAGAUGACAUCCAAAUCUAAGAGUGUCCAAUCACUGCGUUCUACACAAGAACAAAAAUUAUGCACGACGUCAUCUUCAGGCCUUCCGAAAUGGCGGCAAUCUCCGAUCGAUAUCAGUCGCGUUGCAGUGUGGAGUAAAAAAUUUCCCCCAUUACUUUUGACAAAUUAUUGGUCAAACAGUGGCACAGCGAUACUUGCAAACACUGGAAAAACAGUUAACAUCGAAUUGGCGAAUAGGAGAUUGCCGAUAAUGUGUGGCGGCCCAUUGAAGGAUGAUGAAUAUCAGUUUAUGAAUGUACAAUUCCGGUGGGGCCCAUCCGACUGUCGAGGCGCGGAACAUUCUAUCGACAACAUUUGGUAUUCGAUGGAGGCGCAAGUCAUGCAUUGGAAUACGCGUUAUGGAUCAACAGACAAGUGUUAUGACAAAUCUGAUGGAAUUUCAAUACUCUCCUAUCUUAUGCAGGUUGUUGGUUGUCCUGGGAUUCCAGACAAUCCUGCGCUUGCCCUAAUCACUCAUAAACUCCCAGAAAUAAAACGAAUGGAUAGCACCAUAAAUAUUACUCCGGAUUGUUUACGUUGGAUGAUGCACGCAUGCACUUGUCCUGGAUAUUACACUUAUACAGGUUCUCUUACUUUCCCUCCGUAUAAUGAAUGCGUCACUUGGAUAAUCGUGCCAAAUGCUAUAAAAAUAUCUUCUAAUCAGAUCGAAGCAUUCAGAAGCCUUUACAAUCAUAAAUGGGAGCAUAUAGUAGGAAAUUAUAGAUCACAACAUCUUCUUCAUGGAAGAAGAAUUUUCUUUGCCACAAAUGAUGCAGUAGUUUGAUUGAUUAAAGUAUAUUAUUUUUUCUUUAAAGAAAUAAAUUCAACUGGAAAUUAUUAAACUGAAUUCACAUUGAA